AUGGCUCGUCAUUUGAGCCACGACGAAUUCUUCGGCAAGCUAGCCGACCUUUUCGAGCAGCGCAAGAGCAAAGGCCAUGGCUCCAUCUUCCUCGUUCAGAAGCGACUCUCCUACGGACAAGAUGUUCCCGCUGCGACAGAUACCGAUCCGUUUCCGGACCUAAACCCAACGAAACCCUUACCCGUGCUGGUCCGCGCCUCCAACGGCAAAUCCAAAAUGCACCGAGAUGCAAAGAUCAAAUUGUCAACUGUUGUGGAGGUUGAUGCCUUGGACGCCUUCUACGCUCGAUAUGCCGACCUAUGCAAGAGCGGGAUGACUGCUCUCAAGCCCAGGGACAGAAGCAAGAAGAAGGCAAAGGCCCGAAGAAAGAAGGGAGGAGCGCCAACAGUUACUGCAUCCUAA